AUGAACAUCUCCAUGCAGAAGAGUACUGGGGAUACAAAGGUUGCGGCAUACCAACGUAUCGCCCAGGACCUAUUCCCCGAAACUCCUGCGGGCAGUGCGGAGCUCCGCCAGUAUGGAAAUAAAAUCAAGAACAAAGUCGACACGUUGAAGAAGAACUACAUUACGAAGGUCAAGCGGAUCACCUGCACAGGAGGCGGUCUGCGCUCGGGUGAGGAUGAAUCAGAGGAUGAGCCGACCGUUGUUGUGGAUAUCGCUUCGUCGUCUGAUGACUCCAACGAGUACCUGCGGUGCUACAUUGGGCCUGAGGGGCCUGACGAUGCCACUCCAGCUGAGUACUGCAAUAUUUGGGUGACGACUGGGACUGGCCCUGUUGGCCACAAGACUGUCCACUACCAACCGCCUGACGGCCACCGUGCGCAGGCGCAUGCCGCUGCUCCGCCCGCAACCCCGGAACUGCAACGCACGCAGGCAGCAGAGGUUGACCCUCCUGCAAGUGGGCGUGUGGCCAGUGGGCGUGCAUCACGCUCUGCUCCCCCGCAUCUCUCUCCCGAGAAGCUUGAUGCUGUACGCGCGCAAGUUAAGCCCGUGUCGCGCAACACAGGUAUUUAUGACAUUCUACGUGAUAUAUCCCAGAAAAGUGUUGAAGCCAUCAAGGCAGAAAACACUCGCAAGGCGAUCAAAGACAUCCGUUCUGAGAUCCAGGCCCUACGCGAUGACCGCAAAAGUCGUCAAGAUCAACUGUUGCAAGAGUUCAAGGCUGAGCUGCUCUCACGAGAGGAGUACCGUGAGCAGUCUCUAGAGCUACAGGUGAAGACUGAUGCUGCUAUCGCCCAACUCAAUGCAGACAUCAAGGCUAUCACCAGUGCUGGUGCCCCAUCGAGCGCUACGGGAGGUCAGGCAAAUGGGGAAAAUGUUGCACCAGUCCCAGAGGCGACGGAGGGAGGUGAAAUGUCUUCUUGGGAUGGGGAAGGUGAUGGUGUUGAUAUCUGA